AGUGUUCGUGUAAUGGAACGUAGGCAAAAGCGAGCGAUACUUCGAUUUUCUGGGAAGGUUACAAAUAAUAAUUUUUGGAAGUGAAUGAGAAAUUGAUUUGUGUAAAUUAAUAAGCAAAUCUGAUAAAACUAACACAUGAUUAAGUUAAAACUGUGAAGUUUGUGUCCAAAAUGAUGUCAGAUUAUUUCGAGCAUUACCACCGUUGUGAGACACUUGCUGAAUUUAAUUUUUACUUUGGAGACGAUACUGAGGACGAAAUUGAUGAUGACGAUAACUACAUUUACUGUUACUGCAGCAGAGUCUUCAUUAAGGAUGGAGUCAAAACAUAUUACGUAGACAAGGAGUAUGCUAGUGAGAGUGAUGUGGAGGUCCUCCGUGACUCGCAGUCCCAGGAUUUGGAAGACCACUCUCAUGUACACUUCUCUUUAGAUACGUCAUACAAAAACAAGUGUGAGAGAGAUGAAGGUGCAAGCUGCUACUGCAGUGCAUCUCACACAGACAACUGUUGCUCCACUGACGAACAUGAUGCUGUUCACACUCACGGCACAAUGUCCCAUGCCUUACAGCCCAGUGACAGUGGAGCUGACCUCACCUACCAGGAUUACCACUCCGACACACAUGACAAACUCGAACGUAUGGAUCAUGACGACCCUGAUACCGUUGAAAACUAUCUCACCGAAGAUACCUGGGAGAAGUAUUGGGCUGUACAUGGAGAAAGACUCAUAUGGGCUUCCUGGAUCAAGAAGUAUAGUGACUACAUCAAUCCAGCGUACCUUGAUGACAAUAAUGGACUUAUUAUGGAUGAACACAAUAUACCGAAACAACAUUCUAUAGACCAAAUUUAUAUGAAACAAACUGAUCCUAGUCCAAAAGCCGAUGAUGAUAUGAGAGAGCGAAAAUUCUCUUAUGAUUCAAAGGUAAACCCUUAUAAGAAACGCAACACUAGUCAAAUGGAGAAGGUUGAUAAGAAUAAUGAGGUGAAUAAAGAUGAAGCAUUUUUGCCAAUAGCAAGGAGGCGCUCUUGUUCAGAGCACGACAGAAUAAUAAGUCCUAGAACUGUGGCUGGUACUGACUCCAUGACUAAUGUCACCAAACUUACUUUAUCAAGCUAUGAUGUCACUUCUAGUCAUGUGACUUCAGAAUCUACGCCUACCGACACUGACUAUAGUGUAUCAUCAUCUUCAUCUGAUGACCCUUCAAAUGAUCAGACAAGAAUAGUCAAUAUAGAUGAUAAGUAUGAAAAUACAGAUAUGCCAACAGAAGAGAUGGACUCGGAGCAAUACUGGCAGUUUCUAUGGAAGAAACAUUUUGGAGAACAGUAUGCGUUACACUUUGCAAACUAUACUGAGUGUCACAAUGCAACUGAGAAGCAAGUCCCAGAAAUACAAAUUGAAGUUAUACCAGAACCUGUUAAAGUCGAAGAAAAGCAAAUAGAGAUUGAAUGCGAAAACAGCGAAGGAAACUCGCAGGAAACACCAACAGUUAUAGAAAUUCAGAACCAGGUUAACCAAAUAAGUUUAGAAGAGAAAAGUAAAGUGAGGAAGAAGAAUAAAAAGAGUAGUACAAAGUAUAUAACGUCAGUCGGAGUGUUGUUACAGAAUUUGUUGAAAGAGGAACAAAUGAAGCAAGAUGAGCUGGUUGAUGGUGAAGAUGGCACAGAUAAGCAGACGAAUGAUACACAGAAACAGGAGACGGAUGCAGUUGACAGUACGAGUAAUUCAAGAGAUGUGCAGCCUGUAAAUAAUUGUAAUAUUAAUUCGCACAGCUGUGAUGGCGACGAUGAACCACCUGAGGAAACUCCUGUGUUAUUGAAAAGAAGCCACGAACAAGAUGAUGAGGCUGAAGAAGAUAUAGCCCAUGCUAAAAUAAAGAGCACUUUCCAAAUGAUGGGUUUCUGCGUGCACCCGGACAAGUUGCCUAAAGGUGAACUGAUAUAUAGGAAGCGUCCCGCGAGGCUGCGCCCUCCGAGGGUCAAGAGGAAUGUAGGCAGGAAGACUUACUAUGAUGAUGAUGGUAACCCCUAUACUGUUGAUCAGCCCAACCAAACCAAAGAAUCCCCCGAUGAAAUGCAAACUGAUGAUGACUGUAACGACGUGAAGUCAGACACGGAGAGGGCCGAGGAUGCUCCCUUAGGCACCCCUCGAAGCCGUAAGAAUCAGGUAUCGAAGGACGCGAGCAUGGAGGAAGAUAGCGUCAAAUUGGCUGAAGCGGCCGCAAUACCUUUGCCUGGAGACGCGGAAGAUUCGAACGAUGAGGAUAAUGAGAAGAAAGAAGACGAUAGUAGUGUGAUUCAGCAAGUGGAGCCUAAACGUAGGAAGAGACCAAAGAGGUAUGCUAAGUUGGAGGAAGAUGUGAAUACUUCUGGCAUGCCAGAUGAACUGAAGAAUGAUCCCGCGAUGUAUAAGUACUGGAAGAAGAGACACUCGCUGUUUCACAGGUUUGACGAAGGCAUUAUGCUAGACCGCGAGAGUUGGUUCAGCGUGACACCGGAGAACGUUGCGUGGCAUAUUGCAAACAAAUAUGUUUAUGAUGUAGUGUUAGACGCGUUCUGCGGCGCCGGCGGGAAUACUAUACAGUUUGCACAUACAAGCAAGAAAGUGAUAGCAAUAGACAUCGACCCACAGAAAAUCACAAUGGCUAAACACAACGCCACAGUCUACGGUGUCGCCGAUCGUAUCGAGUUCCUUGUGGGAGACUUCUUCGAACUGGCGCCGAACUUGAAGGCGGAUAUGGUGUUCCUUAGCCCACCGUGGGGAGGACCCAAUUAUAGUGAUAAUCACGAGUAUGAUUUGGAAACAAUGUUGGAACCGAAGCCAGCGUCUGAACUCAUGAAGGUGGCUCGAACAAUAUCUUCGAAUAUAUCAUUCUACUUACCUAGGAACUCGAGACCAGAUCAGAUUCUAUCCUUAGCAAAAGAUGUUGGUGGCACAGUGGAAAUCGAACAAAGCUUCCUCGAUCGAAGAUUCGUAGCUAUAACAGCAUAUUUUUACUGAAACAUUAAAACUAGCAUUUUGAAAAAUAUUGUGACUGGAAAUUAUAACGAUAAUCUAACACCACGGAUAAGUUAGCAAAUGGAUACUGAUAAAUCAAUUUUACCAAGUUAAUGAGGUAAUCUAAAUAAAGAGAUGACUGAUUAAUUUGGUGGUAAUUCUUGGUGCUGAUGCAUUUAUUCGUCAAGUCAUAGUGAUAGGAAAAAAUAAUCAUGCUAACAUUCCAUUUGCUAUCUAUUCUGUGUUUAAACGUUUGUAUGACUGUUUUUGUGUGCACUUGUGUACUAAAAUUAGGUCUUCGCAUACACUGAUGUAUGUUUGUCUGUCUAAAUACUUAUAUUCAUGUGUAGUUGUUACAUUAUGUAAUCAAACUAUCAAAGAAGUGAAAAGUUUGGUUUUUUCCGUAUAAAUUGAUAAUUCUUUCUCCAUCUUUGUAAUUUGGUUCCAAUAGAUUCAAAUAGUAGGUCAUCUAUGAUUCCAAUAUAUUUGGAGACAUCAUUGGUUGAUUUAGUGCUCAAAUCUGGACUUAGCCUUAUACUUAUCGUGGAGCCUAAUGUCUUAAAUACAUUAUUUAUUAUUCAUAGUUUUCACAUAAAAACAUUGAAUGUACCUACUUCUAUGUCUAUGUAUCUAUGUCACAGUGACUUCCUUUCACAAAAAAUGUGCUAUUCAUAAGCAAUUUCAUCAUAUUAUAUUAAGUAGAACUGUUAGUGUCUUUUAAUUUAGAAUAGAGUAUAUUUAAUCAUACUAUUAUAGUCCUAUGUGAUUCCGUAAACUUUAUCGUUUACUAUUAACAGCAAUAAGUGAAGUAUAAUUUUAAGAAAUCAGCUCAAGGAUUAUUAUUACAUUUAAGGUGAUUUUUUUGUUAAAUUUCUGCUAAUUUGACCAUUUUCGGUAUCGACGUUCGACUUUAUAGUAGCCCUUCUAAGCUUAAUUUGGUAUUACCAGUUUAAAUAAUAAUUUGAUUUGAGUUUAUGCUACUCCUUAAUUAUCCAACUAAUGUUAUUGAGAGAGAUAUACCUAUUAUGAAAAAUAUUAAAUUAUAUGCUUAUUGUAAUCGGAAAAGUAUAAUCUUGAGAAAUCUAUAUUUUCGUUCAAGAUAGCAUUAGCACUUUAGGUGUCUUAUCCCCAAAAUCGGAUGUUUUGAAUUCGAAAAUUGAUUAUACAGUUAUGAAUACUAAAAACGUACUUACUCGAUUUACUGUACCUAAAAAGCAAAUAGUGCCAAUACUCAAUGUUGUCCUUUUUAAUUAUAAGACAAUGUGAUAUUUGUGUUGCUUACAUUGCUUUACGAAUUUAUAUUUUGAGGCUGUUUUCAUUUGUAAUAACUUUCAUACCACACAGUAUUUGAAUACAAUAAUAAGACAUGAAAACCUACCACACUCAAAAGUAAUUCUGCACUGUUUUGGUCACAAAAGUUCAUGAUAAAAACUUUACUUAUGUAUUGUAACUACAGCAUUUUCACACAACUCUAAAAACGGUAAUUUUUAUGUAUGACAGUUUAAUUGUUGUGAUCUCUGUAAAUAUUUGUUAAUUAAUAAAGAGAAUAUGGAAACAUGA